UGGCUGUCCUGUCCAGGCGCCCUGGGAUAGUGGCUGCAGCUGGGCAUGGCCAACUCUGCACAGGCCCAGAAGCUGGUAUACCUGGUCACAGGUGGCUGUGGCUUCCUGGGGGAGCAUGUGGUGCGAAUGCUGCUGCAGCAGGAGCCCCGGCUCCGUGAGCUGCGAAUCUUUGACCUACACCUGGGCCCCUGGCUGGAGGAACUGAAGACAGGGCCUGUGCAGGUGACUGCCAUCCAGGGGGAUGUGACCCAGGCCCACGAAGUGGCAGCAGCUAUGGACGGAGCCCAUGUGGUCAUCCACAUAGCUGGGCUGGUGGAUGUGUUCGGGAGGGCCAGUCCCAAGACCAUCCACGAGGUCAACGUGCAGGGCACGCAGAACGUGAUCGAGGCUUGUGUGCAGACUGGGACACAGUUCCUGGUGUACACGAGCAGCAUGGAAGUUGUGGGGCCUAACAUCAAAGGCCACCCCUUCUACAGGGGCAACGAGGACACCCCGUAUGAAGCAGUGCACAAGCACCCCUAUCCUUGCAGUAAGGCCCUGGCUGAGCGGCUGGUCCUGGAGGCCAAUGGGAGGAAGGUCCGCGGGGGGCUGCCCCUAGUGACAUGUGCCCUGCGUCCCACGGGCAUCUACGGUGAAGGCCACCAGAUCAUGAGGGACUUCUACCACCAGGGCCUGCGCCUGGGGGGUCGGCUCUUCCGGGCCAUCCCAACCUCUGUGGAGCAUGGCCGGGUCUAUGUGGGCAAUGUGGCCUGGAUGCAUGUGCUGGUGGCCCGGGAGCUGGAGCAGUGGGCAGCAUUAAUGGGUGGCCAGGUGUACUUCUGCUACGACAAAUCGCCCUACAAGAGCUACGAGGACUUCAACAUGGAGUUCCUGGGGCCCUGUGGACUGCGGCUGGUAGGCGCCCGCCCGCUGUUGCCUUACUGGCUGCUGGUGCUCCUGGCCACCCUCAACGCCUUGCUGCAGUGGCUGCUGCGGCCACUGCUGCUCUACGCACCCCUGCUGAACCCCUACACGCUGGCAGUGGCCAACACCACCUUCACCGUCAGCACCAACAAGGCUCAGCGCCAUUUUGGCUAUGAGCCCCUGUUCUCAUGGGAGGACAGCCGGACCCGCACCAUUCGCUGGGUGCAGGCCCUUGAGAGCUCAGCCCAGUGAUGGCGGAGGUGGGGCCUGGAGGCCCAUCAUGGCGCAUCCACCCAGGCCCUGAGCCCUCACACCCUGGAUGGAGAGGGACGGUUGCAUUCGAGAGUGGGCGGCAGGGCUCCGGUGCCAGACUCACUGUGCUGGAACCCUCACACUUAAAAUCCACAAGCCUUGGGACACUGUGUUGUGUCCUGACGCCUCCAAGGUCUAGGGCAGGGUUUGGGGACAGGAGCCCCAGGUCCAGUGCUGGUUGGCGGGGGUCUGAUCCCCUGAUCCCCUUCCCUCCCCACUUCUGGCCUUCUGAGCAGGAAGUGGGCAGAGGUUCUAUAGGUUUCCUGCUAGGUUCGGAGUGAGGAGGCCUCUCUGACUACUCCCACCUUCGUCCCUCCUUAGGGGGUUAUAUUUCCAUUAUUUUAAAAAACGUUUCAACUUCAGACAUUUAUCUUUCAGUUCCCUUCAGUGAAAACUGAGAAAAUCUGUAUGUUUUCACUUCGUCACCCAAAUCCAGUUACUGCGGUGGUAUUAGCACUCUGCUGAGGACGCCCUAGUAAUGCUGUCCCUGCCGAGCCCUGGAUUAAAAUCCUUA